GUUGACGGAUAAUCAGCCGACACAAAAAACUAAAAAGGAAUUAUUUUGUUAUUGUUAUGAUAAAGUACCCGCAAGUUCUACAGUAAUUUAUUGAAGACAUUCAAUAUAAUAUAUUAUUUACUGCCAAAAUUAUAUAUUGUUAAUAAUGCCGUUAAACUUACAAGGCGUUCGCCAAUACCUCAGUGAACUAAGAAAUUCUGGUGGCUUACACAAAGAUCAAGCUGAAAAAUACAGAAAUAUUUUGUUAGAAAUUCUUAAGAACCCUGAAAGUGAAAUGGCUGAAAGCUUAAAGGCAUUUGUUGAAGCAAUUGUAAACGAGAAUGUUAGCCUUGUUAUAUCUCGGCAACUACUAUCUGAUGUCAGUACACAUUUGUCACUCCUACCAGAUGAUGUAUCGAAAGAAGUAUCACACUUUGCGCUUGAUGUUAUCCAACCAAGGGUUAUCUCAUUUGAGGAACAGGUUGCAAGUAUUAGACAACACCUUGCUGAUAUUUAUGAAAGAAAUCAAAAUUGGAAAGAAGCUGCAAAUGUUUUAGUUGGAAUACCGUUGGAGACUGGCCAAAAACAAUAUUCCACUGAUUAUAAAUUAGAGACAUAUCUGAAGAUAGCACGCCUGUACCUAGAGGUGGAUGACCCAGUCCAAGCCGAGGCUUUUGUCAAUCGUGCUUCGUUAUUACAGGCGGAGACAACGAAUGAACAAUUGCAGAUUUACUACAAAGUGUGCUACGCGAGGGUUUUGGACUUCAGAAGGAAGUUUAUUGAGGCUGCACAAAGAUACAAUGAGCUAUCAUACAGAAAUAUAAUUCAUGAAGACGAAAGGAUGACCUGCUUAAGAAAUGCUCUCAUCUGUACCGUUCUAGCAUCAGCAGGUCAACAGAGAUCCCGAAUGCUGGCAACACUGUUCAAAGAUGAGAGAUGUCAACAGCUGCCUGCGUACUCUAUCCUCGAGAAGAUGUAUCUGGACCGAAUCAUCAGGCGAUCGGAGUUACAUGAAUUUGAAGCACUUAUGCAGACACAUCAGAAGGCUAAAAUAUCGGACGGGUCGUCGAUCCUGGACCGCGCCGUGUUCGAACACAACCUGCUGUCGGCCAGCAAGUUGUACAACAACAUCACCUUCGAGGAGCUGGGUGCGCUUCUGGAGACGCCUCCCGCGCGAGCCGAGCGCAUCGCCAGCCAGAUGAUCAGCGAGAACCGAAUGAACGGCCACAUCGACCAGAUCAACUCCAUCGUGCACUUUGAGACUCGAGAUAUUCUACCUCAGUGGGAUAAACAGAUACAAAGUCUGUGUUACCAAGUGAACAGUUUAAUUGAGAAGAUUGCGGCCGCCGAACCGGAUUGGAUGGCGAAAGUUAUGGAGGAAGAAAUGAUACAAUAAAUAAUUCAUAUAUUAUAUCCAUACUUUUUGGAUCUUGUACAACCACAUUAUAUAUAUUAUCCAAAAAUUA